AGCCCGAAAAAGUUCAGACGCCGAUCUCGCGACUGGGCAUGACUCUUCACUAAACAAUUUAAACAGCUCACAUUCAACAUUUACCUGCACAGAUACUCAAUUGCUUCUCUCGAAAUGGCUCCCAAUUUUCCUACCAAGAAGUGCGGUGUGCUAGGCUGUACAGGUUCAGUAGGGCAACGAUUCAUCCUCCUUCUUGCUCAGCACCCUCACUUCGUCCUCCAUGCCGUCGGCGCUUCCUCCCGAUCCGUAGGCAAGAAAUACAAAGAUGCCGUGAAAUGGAAGCAAGCUUCACCCAUGGGCAAACAUGUCGAGGAAUUGGUUGUCAAGGAAUGCAAAGCCAGCGAGUUCGCAGACUGUGAUAUCGUUUUCUCCGGUCUGGACGCGGAUGUGGCUGGAGAUAUUGAGAUGGAGUUCCUAAAGGCUGAACUGGCUGUCUUCUCAAACGCCAAGAAUUACAGAAGAGAUCCCCUGGUCCCAUUGGUCGUCCCUACAGUCAACCUUCCACAUUUCGAUGUCAUUCCCCACCAACGAAAACAUUAUGGUCUUAAGAAGGGCUUCUUGGUUUGCAAUUCGAAUUGUGCCGUUAUUGGCAUAGUCAUACCAUUUGCUGCUAUUCAGAAAGAAUUUGGAGAAGUGGACCAAGUCAGCGUUGUUACCAUGCAAGCUGUUUCUGGUGCUGGAUACCCUGGUGUGAGUAGUAUGGAUAUACUGGACAACGUGGUACCUUGGAUACCCGAGGAGGAAAACAAGCUCGAGACAGAAGCACAAAAGAUCUUGGGGAAGGUCAAUGCUGAGGUUACGGGAUUUAACAACCAAUCUGAUCUGAAGGUCUCGGCGGCUUGCAACAGAGUCGCAGUCUUGGAUGGGCAUAUGGCUUGUGUUUCGUUAAGGUUUAAGAACAGAAAUGGACCGAAACCUUCGGCUGAAGCUGUCAAGAAAGCAUUGAGUGGAUAUAUCAGCGAGGCACAGACUCUGGGUUGCCCAUCAGCACCCCAACCUUCUAUUCAGGUAAUGGAGGAAGCAGAUCGACCACAGCCAAGACUGGACAGAAAUACCCAAAAUGGCUAUGCAGUCAGUGUUGGUAGAGUAAGAGAGGACGAUAGUGGUAUAUUUGAUCUCAAAUUUGUUGCGUUGAGCCACAACACUGUCAUUGGCGCAGCGGGUGGGUCGGUAUUGAAUGCGGAGGCUGCAGUGUUGAAAGGAUACAUCUGAAGAGGGGGCUUUGAAAUCCGGGCGUCAAUUUCCCAUCUUGUCUCAUCCUAGGUUGGCAAUUUCAAGCGGUGCAUUAGACGGCAGUCAAAAGUUGUUGCUGAUAUGGAAUGUAAACCUCAAAACAUGCCUGGUAAUACUGCGUCAUUUUUGAUAAGUUUAUCCCAUUGUAACUUCUACUUAUCGCACGACUUGUUGAUAACGCGGUCAUUGCAUACUCAGUCAUCAAGCUACUAUGAGGGUGAUCCUGUUCCCUUGUACAUCAGUAAUAUCCGAGCUAGGAAGCUCAGAGAUGAGCUGCUCUAGAGAAAUAUUAGCCUGUGCUUCAAUUGGCAU